AGACCCCUUCUUGCUGGCCGUCGCUAUGCCAAAGCGGGUUCCCCUCCAGGGGCCAUUCGAGCAUGUUUUUCGACUGGCAGGAAAUUGCAGGCCAAGAACCAGAUAUAUGCAUCGGUCCGUAAUGCCGAUCAGUUCCAUACCUACCAGCUGCUAUCCGCCUCCUCCCGGACGCCCCUGAUCACUCUCUGGACGACAUCAUGGUGUCCGACCUGCCGCACCAUCGAGCCGCUCCUCCAGCGCCUCGUCGAGUCCGGCGUCGGCGAGGCUGAGGGGGGAGUCGGCUACUGCACCGUCGAGUACGACGCGCCCGACGUCAUGUCUGCGGGCCUCGGCCUGUCCUACAUGAUCAACUCUGUGCCGACCCUGCUGAGCUUCGAUGCCCAGGAGGCGCAGGUCAAGACCAAGGUGUCGGACGGGAGGCAGCUCUCCGAUCGCAGCUUCCUUGAGGAGUGGAUCAGGAACGAGGCCCGCCGGCAUGGCAACCGUGGAGGAGGUGGC